AUGGUGGGCGGCGGCUUCGUCCACUCGUCUCAGAAUGACCGCUCCCAACAAGGUCUCGACUGGCGAGCACCAACGGCACGCAGCGGUGGUAACUUAGGUGGCUAUGGCUUCGCAUCCAAGAACAACAGCGGAACUGGCAACGGCAACGGCAGCAGCGGUGGUGGUGCAGGUCUCGGCAAUAUGAACAGCUUCUUUGGUGGGAAGAAGAAUCGGGAUUUGCCGGUGUACAAGGACAAGCCGUAUUUUAAACCACGCCGGACAGGGCCGAAUCGAACCGCGUCUCGCGUUGUGUAUGCGGUGGUUGCGUGCUUCAUGAUGAUGUUGCUGUAUGUGUUUUGGGGUGGUUGGGGAAGUCCGGCAGCCGUUGGACCUGUUGGUGAAACUGGAGAGAAUCUGUGGAAAUGGAUUCAGACGUUUGAUGCUGAAGAUGAGCCCGCUUCGUCUAAAAAGGUGGACUGGGAAGAGAGGAGGGAGAAAGUCAAGGAUGUGUUCACUAUAAGAUACGAUGAGUACAAACCUGUUUCUAAAAAAGGAAGGAAUAUGGUUGAAGGCGGUAUGGGGUGGACCAUUGUCGAUGCUCUUGACACUAUGAUUCUAAUGAAUCUUACUUCUCGAGUGCAACAUGCUCGGCAUUGGAUCCAUAAUUCAUUACGGUACGAUCAGAAUCAUGAUGUGAAUACAUUCGAAACUACCAUUCGGGCUCCUGGCGAAGAUCUCUAUAUUGAGAAAGCUGCCGAUCUGGCGGAUCGACUACUAGGCGCCUUUGAGUCUCCAUCAGGAGUACCCUAUGCCAGCAUAAACCUGAAUACGUCACUGGGAAUACCGUCUCACGCAGAUGGCGGCGCGUCCUCGACAGCGGAGGCGACCACUGUACAGCUGGAGUUCAAGUAUCUAGCUAAAUUGACCGGAGAGGCAGAGUACUGGGAGAUUGUCGAGCAUGUCAUGGAGGUUGUUGAUAAUCAACAAGCCGAGGAUGGACUCUUGCCAAUAUUUAUCUAUGCGGACAAGGGAGAGUUCCGUGGAAGGAACAUUCGACUGGGAAGUAGGGGCGACUCUUACUAUGAGUAUCUCAUUAAACAAUACCUGCAAACAUCCGAGGGAGAACCCAUCUACAAGGAAAUGUGGGACGAAGCACUCACUGGAAUCAGUAAACAUUUGAUCACAUAUACUAAAAACGGAAGAAUGGCAGUUCUAGCUGAAAGACCAGACGGCCUUGACCAUUCCCUACUACCCAAGAUGGACCACCUCGUGUGCUUCAUGCCUGGUACGAUAGCCCUCGGAGCAACACACGGCCAAUUGCUAUCCAAAGCAAGACAAUCAUCGAGCUGGAGCCGACGACAAGAUGAGGAAAUACUCCUUGCACGUGAGUUGAUGAAGACCUGCUGGGCUACAUAUCUCGCGACAACAACUGGACUUGCGCCUGAGAUCACAUAUUUCAAGACUGACAGCACCCCUCUUAUGCUAUCGGACGUAUACCCCGAUUCAGCUCUGUUUCUACCUCCUAGAAGCAGCAAAGACAGUUCAUACACACCAGAAGAACUCGAUCUCAUAUCCGCCUCGCUAGAGGAUAAAGAUGUAUGGAAAUCCGACAUUGAGAUACAUGCCCAGGACACCCAUAACCUCCAGCGACCAGAAACAGUCGAAUCCCUUUUCUACAUGUACCGCAUCACCGGCGAUAAGCAAUACCGCGAAUGGGGCUGGCAAAUGUUCAAAUCCUUCGUCAAGCACACCGCAGUCGUCGAAAAGGUGUCUCCGGGUGACCACGAAGGUGACGACAGCAACCAACGUAUCAUCGACAGCAGUCAUGAUGCCGAUGACCAGAGCCACGCCUCCUACCGAGUUGUAGGAUUCACGUCCCUCUCAAACGCCAAUAUCGACCCACCCAUGAAGCGCGAUAACAUGGAGAGUUUCUGGAUGGCAGAGACAUUGAAGUAUUUCUAUCUCUUGUUCUCGGAUCGCGAUUUUAUCCCGGUGGAGGAUGUAGUGUUUAAUACCGAGGCUCAUAUCUUCCCUCGAUUCAAGGUAGGAGGGGAUUUGAAGACGGGGUGGUCGAGGAAGCCUCGUGAAUAG